AUGUCAGAGGUCAAGGACGACUUCAGGCGAGCUAUGCAUAAUGGUGUGAAGGAGAGGGAGAAAUGGUGCAAGGCGUUCGAGAAAAACCCGAAGAAAGCGUUGAAGAACAAAGUUGGUGAUGAUGCAACGGGCAUCCAUGACGAGACUGCGAGCGAUGCCGUAGAGAGCGAGGCCCUCAGCAGGAGUCGAAAGGCGGGGAGAGAGAGCAGCGGCGAGAUGUCCAACUCAACGUCGUAA